UUUUUCUUAGGCGAAAAUAUUGACUUAUAAAAAACCUUGUUCUGCAACCAUGUAUAUAUAAGAGUGAUCGCAGAAACAGCGUAGUGAGAAGAAGAAGAAGAAGAGAAAGCAAAAAAGAAAAAGAAAAAUGGCAACUUUAGGUGGCCUUACUGAUAUCGUUGGAGCUGAGAACAGCAUCGAUAUCCAGAGUCUCGCUCGCUUUGCCGUUGAUGACUACAACAAAAACCAGAAUGCAGUUUUGGAGUUUGUGAGAGUGAUCAGUGCAAAGCAACAAGUGGUUGCAGGGAUCUUAUACUACAUAACAUUGGAGGCAAAAGAUGGUGAAACAGAAAAGGUUUACGAAACAAAGGUGUUGGAGAAAGCAUGGCUGAACUUGAAGGAGGUGGAGGAAUUCAAACCAGUAGCUCUUAACACUGUUUCAGAUUUGGUGUAGCACUUGGCCAGGUUACAGAAAAUUGCAUGUUCUUGGCUUGGCCACAAGAUUGUCCAUAUGAAUUUAAUAAAUGUGGCUGUUGAUCUUCAAAAGGGUGUGCGUGUUAAGGAAUCCUAUUUCAGCAUUACUACUACAAAUGGAAGUUAUUAUUGAUUAUAUUAUGUAUUUGCGUGUGUGUUAUAUAUCAAAUGAUUAUAUAGAUUAAAGUUUGUUCCUACAAUAAUAAUAACGUUAUCAUGAGAAUGAUUUAAUUACUGAUUAUGUAUUUA